GUCGGGAAGGCGGCGGGCGGGCGCGGCCCUCGGCGGCGGCGGGCGCCAUGGUGGGUGGCGAGGCAGCCGCCGCGGUAGAGGAGCUCGUUUCGGGGGUGCGGCAGGCUGCGGACUUCGCCGAGCAGUUCCGCUCCUACUCGGAGAGCGAGAAGCAAUGGAAGGCCCGCAUGGAAUUCAUCCUGCGCCACUUGCCCGACUACCGCGACCCUCCCGAUGGCGGAGGCCGCCUGGACCAGCUGCUGUCCCUCUCCAUGGUGUGGGCCAACCACCUCUUCCUGGGUUGCAGUUACAACAAAGACCUUUUAGACAAAGUGAUGGAAAUGGCUGAUGGGAUUGAAGUAGAAGACCUGCCACAGUUUACUACCCGAAGUGAAUUAAUGAAAAAGCAUCAAAGUUAAGGCAGAAGAUUCAUCACAUUUUUCAACAUCAGCUACAGGCUCAGGAAGGAGGUGGGGAUGAAUGUGACAUUGACCACAGGAGCUCUCAUAAGAUCCCUGAUAUUUCCAGCAUGUAGGAACAAGGCAGUUGGAAUGACAAUCUUGUCUAGAUUGUAGUUUUAAAAGGUCUCAUGCUUCUAGUAGCUAUCAUUGUAAAAGUGUGCAUGGAUAUUUAUGUAUUUAUAAAUCAUGCCCUUUUUAAAAAAUUUUUUGAAUGUCGAACUUUUUGUUAAAAAUGCCUAUUUUUUUAUGUUGUAAUAACUGCAGGUAAUGAAUUUUAUAAUUUGAAUUUUUUUAAUAAUGUAUCUUCAAGUCUGAUUCUGUUUUAUGGUCUUUUUCUCCUUGCACUGAGGCAAACCGGCUCUUAUUAUAUUCCUUUCUGAAGUUUAUCCCAUCUUUUUUUCAAGAAUCAAGUCAUAGGCCUCAGGUACCUACCAGCUCAUGGGGAGAGGCAGUUUUGGAAAGGCAUCUGGCCAUAUUUUAAAAUGGACACCAGAGGGCAGCCCAGAUGGCUCAGUGGUUUAGCACUGCUUGUAGCCCAGGGCAUGAUCCUGGAGACUGAGUCCCACAUCAGGCUCCCUGCAUGGAGCCUGCUUCUCCCUCUGCCUGUGUCUCUGUGUGUCUCUCAUGAAUAAAUAAAUAAAAUCUUAAAAAAAUGGACACCAGAAGCCACAGCUUAGUCCAGGCAGCCAGCUGAUUUAUAGAAUCUCUAGAGGUCUCCCAGGCAGCUGAGUAAAGCCCACAUUCUCUUUUUAUGGAGGGAGCCUGAAGAUUUGGUCUUCUAGACUUGAGGAGUUUGCCUUGCAUAUAGCCCCUGAAGAAAUACCUGUUUAGUACAAUGUUAUUUUGCUCUGAAAUUCUCACAGUAAUUUUCCCCUUUUAGUUAAUUUUCUCUUUAUCCCUCCUCUUCCACUCACAUUCAUUAUUUUUUAAGAUUUUUAAGUAAUCUCUUCACUCAAGUUGGGGCUCAGACUUACAACCUUGAGAUCAAGAGUUGCCAUGCUUUACCAACUGAGCUAGCCAGGAGCCCUCUAUUUCUUACUUAAUACUCACCAUUAAGAACUUACCUCCAGGAGGAAAAAAAAAAAAAAAA